AUGAGCCGACUCUGCCUUGGCGAUGAGGACGGUCUGCGGUUUGCUGUGUUUUUCUCUGUGGUGAAAGGCAGAAUUGAUGAGGAGUCACAUGAGCCCCAGUCUGAACCGUCCUCUGUUUCUCUUUCAGGCCUCCCAAACUCCAGAAACACCUCCAGCCCCAUCGACCCAGACUCCAUCCAGGUCCCCGUCAGCUUUGAGCCCGACCCAGCUGACCUGGCUCUGUCCAGCGUCCCGGGUCAGGAGAUCUUCGACCCGCGCAAGCGCAAGUUCUCGGUUGAGGAGCUGAAACCGCAGCCGAUGAUCAAGAAGGCUCGAAAGGUCUUCAUCCCGGACGAAAUGAAGGAUGACAAAUACUGGGCCCGGCGCAGGAAGAACAAUUUAGCUGCUAAGCGCUCCCGGGACGCCCGACGCCUCAAGGAAAACCAGAUCGCCAUCCGGGCCAGCUUCCUGGAGAAGGAGAACUCUGCUCUGAGGCAGGAACUCAGCGACGCCCCCCCGGUGGCCGAGUGA